CAUUCAGGAAUAAGGCUGCUACUGUUACCCUGUAGAAACAGUGUCCCUCCUCAGCCCCAUGGUUUGUUUUCCAACCUAACUUGGGAUUGUGUCAUGUGGUCCUGGCCCUAUUGAGUAGCAGCACAGCCUUUUGCGUAAUGUUCGUAAAGGGAAUUUCCAGGUGAAACAAAAAGGAGAGCCGUCUUUGGUAAAGUCAAACAAAAAUCAACCUGUUUUAUUACAAGUUGCAACAGGGAGACAACCUCCAGCAUGGGAGCAUAGAAAAAUGCCUAACGAGCCAUCUCUGAGCAGGCCAUUAUAUCACACACAUUCUGUAAACAUAACAAAAGACAUAACACAAGGAAGUGAACCACAGUCUCAAAGAAUACAAUAAUAACCCGUGUGUCCUCAGAACUGGCACCUUUAGACUGGCGCCAACACCAUCAGCAGAUAGAACUGUCCAUAACAUUCAAGUCUAGUGACCAUCAACCUUGCACAAACAGAAUCAUGUGUAUUACAGAAAGAAAAAGUAUAUUACAAUGUGCUAAUAAUCCCUUAACUGAAUAUGAACUUCAUUCAUCUUAAAUGUCCCAUUACACAAGCCCUACAAGAAAACUAGCACAAAGCAUGCUUCUCAUGGCAACUUUACAGUUGGUAACAAAUAGGUCAACAAUAGAAAGAACAUGACCUACAAGUAUGGGUCAUGGCAAUAAUUCAACAUAUUUUGCACAACCAUUGAAUUUGAACAUAUCAAAUAUUUUUAGUGUAGUAUAUGUAUGAUCAAUUUUUAGAACUUGCUCAAGCAUGUUUUAAACAUUGUGAGACAGCAAUCCAUUGCACAUGACCAAAAUAAAUGUAAUCACUCUUUUACUCAUUGUGUCAAUGUUGCUUGGGUUUAACUUGCUCUUUAAGCAACAGGGAAGAUAACAAUAAUAAUAAAAAUUAUUAUAAAAAUAAAAAUCCGCAGAGAGAGUUAUUUCAUUAUCACUGCUGUGAGAGAACAUUGAUUGGCUGUGUAUCACCUCAGCAGUUUCUGAAAUGUGUCGAUGCUAAAUCACGACUCACAAGAUAGCAUUGUACGUGGUGAGGACAAAUAUCACAUGAAUACACAUUGGACAUGGCAAAAUGUAUAGAAUUGCAAGAAAAUUAACUUUGAAACUGCUAAACUUUCUCUGCACCUGUGACAAAAUGUGUAGAAUUGCAGGAAAUAAACAUGAUGGGUGUGAACAGUUUUUGUCAUGAACAGUUCUUGUGCCCAUAGAAAUAGACGUGUGACGUUCCCCAAUGCUGGAAGGGGGGGGCUUGUGUGAAAAUAUUUGGGAACCCUUGUUUUAAGUAAUCCCACUCCUCACCAAAAAUUAAAAAACGUUCCUAAACAACACUUGCACUUGACUCCUCCUAGCUCUGACUUUUCUGAUAACUACUUUAUUGAGGAAAUGAGUACUUACUAUACUUGUGAUGUGUGGUUGUCCCACCUAGCUAUUGUAAGAAUAAUGUACUGUAAAUUGCUCUGGAUAAGUGUCUGCUAAAUUACUAAAACGUAAAAAAUGAAAGCAAUCCACUCUCGCCCAGUUCCAUUUCUGUCCCCUGUCCCUUCUCCUAAAACCAAUCACUCAGAUUUCAUAUGACUAGUAAUAUCAGAUCUGUGAAUGGUGAAGCAGACGAGACGGUGUUAGGAAAGACGGAAGCUAUAUGAACUGAAUUUGAAUCAGACCUGUAAAAUACACACGUCACCCCAGCCCAUAUGAUAAACUGUCUGUUGCUGUGUUUCGGGGGCGAGUACUCAAAUUACUGGAUUAUUCGAGAAAUGGGUGGAGACAAUCGUGAGAUUAUAAAUACUUGUUGGGCUGCAAUUCGUUCCACCUUCCACACACUCACGACCUGGCAAAUCCUCGACCAACGCUGGGGGCUUUAACGAAAGCAGUGUGUCAAACAACGGUGUUUACGCUGGAGCUCUGAAAAAAGACAAGAGGUGCUCCGGUUAAACCCUGCAUCAUCUUGACCAGAGAACGCAGGGAUCAUUUGCUUCAGUCUCUGAAGAAACAUUUUGUUUCGGGAGAGAGUACAAUUUGAUAGUACUUACAUGCUGCAGCCGCCAUCAGGCCUUCAUAAUAAUCUUUAAUCGAUGCAAAAUGGUGCAGAAUAAAAUCACCGAAGUCACUGGAUUCCAUCGCUCUUUCAAGGGCCCAAAUCCCUUUGCGGGUGAUGAAUUCACAAAUGGUUCCCUCCUUAAUUCAGACUUCAAUUUUGAUUUGUCAAAUAGACAUGAUAUUACCUCCAGCAAGCCUAUUGACAUCCCUGAUGCCAAGAAGAGAAAUAAGAAGAAAAAGCGUUGCAGGGCAACUGACAGCUUCUCUGGCCGAUUUGAGGAUGUCUACAGCCUGCAGUCAGAGGUACUUGGAGAGGGGGCUUAUGCAAGAGUACAGACCUGCAUCAACCUCAUCACCAAUAAAGAAUAUGCUGUCAAGAUCAUUGAGAAGAGACCCGGUCACAGCCGCAGUCGCGUCUUCAGGGAGGUUGAGAUGCUGUACCAGUGCCAGGGUCACAGAAACAUCCUGGAGCUGGUGGAGUUCUUUGAGGAGGAAGACAAGUUUUACUUGGUGUUUGAAAUGCUGAGAGGGGGUACAGUCCUGGCUCACAUCCACAAGAGACUACACUUCAGUGAGCAAGAAGCCUGCGUUGUGGUGCAGGACAUCGCCAGCGCUCUGGAUUUCCUGCAUAACAAAGGAAUGGCACAUAGAGAUCUGAAGCCGGAAAACAUCUUAUGUGAACAUGCGGACAAAAUCUCGCCUGUGAAGAUCUGUGACUUUGACCUGGGUAGUGGGAUCAAGCUAAACAGUGACAGCUCUCCCAUCUCCACCCCAGAGCUCCUCACUCCAUGUGGCUCGGCAGAGUACAUGGCCCCUGAAGUGGUGGAGGCCUUCAGUGAGGAGGCCACAAACUAUGACAAGCGCUGUGACCUGUGGAGCCUGGGGGUCAUCCUCUACAUCCUGUUGAGUGGCUACCCACCCUUUGUAGGCCGCUGCGGUAGUGACUGUGGCUGGGAUAUGGGAGAACCCUGUCACACAUGCCAGAACAUGUUGUUUGAGAGUAUCCAGGAAGGGAAGUAUGAGUUUCCAGAGAAGGACUGGGCUCACAUCUCCUCAAGUGCCAAAGACCUGAUCUCCAAACUUCUUGUUAGAGAUGCCAAGAACCGCCUGAGUGCCGGCCAGGUUCUGCAGCACCCCUGGGUGCAGGGGGGAUUCUCUGACACACUGCCAACAUCCAUCCUACCUCAAAGGAACAGUGCCAAGGACCUGACGUUCUUUGCUGGCAAGGCGGUGGCCAUGAACCGGCAGCUGGCUGAGCAGGCUGUGAUGGCAGAGCAGCAGCAGCUUGACGAGGCUCCCACUGUCAUCACAGCCUGCUCCACUUCCAUGCACCUCUCCCCUCCAUCCAACUCCAAGCUGUCCAAGCGCAGGCAGAGCCUGCUAAAGACGGGGCCUGUCUCUGCCGCCGAGCUCUGCCAGCUCCUCGCCCCCCUCGUCAUCACGUCAUCUGCCUGAAUCACCGCCUUUGACCAGCCGCACCCACUGAUUCGGAUCUCCAGAUGACCGCUCAGCCUGGCCACUGCCUCACCCUGGCCCAACUCAACCACACUUUUACUGACUGCAGGCUUGUCCCCCUCUUUAACAGGAGAGACCGCUGCCAUGCCUGGCUCCUAAAGUAUAGUUCGGAGGGCAAAGAUGCAGAGCCGGCAGCCCAAAUGCGCACAUGCCCAAAAUUCCUGAUCAGUGCAGCUCCACGUAUGCGUCCUCUAUUAAUUGAAAUGUGAUGGCAGUUGGAGAAAUGGCUUGAGCUGCGCUGAGAAUUAGAAAAGUACAACACUGCUGUGUACACUUUGGACUCUGUUAAAUGCUUCACUGCCUUCUGCCCCAUAGCAGCACUUGUAAAGCACAUUAGCCAGGGCCUGCAUACAAAGGCACAUCCAGGCUGAAGGGGGGGCCCUUUUCAAGCUGUUUUUCUUUUGAACCUAUGGCAGAGUGGUUGAACCAAGCUCAGACACCAAAUGACUACCUGUUGUGCUGCUUCCACAUGUUACAACUGGAUCCACUGUGAAUGAAGUUUAUCUGGAAUGUUCUCCAUGUCUGAAUGUCCCAUCAGCAGAUGCAUACACGCUGAUCCAAUGGCCAACAUGAAGAGUUUUACAUAUGGAGGUAUUCAGUGGAAAGAGUUCAGAAGGCUGGAAGCCAAUGCUGCCAGUGUCCGUCGCAGUCCAUUGUUUGGAUAAAUUCCUCUUCAACUGAGCCUCCUCUGUGGAAGGUCUAAGCCCACAGUACAAAAUGUUGUGGCUGUGCCCAUGAGCCUCUAGUACCAGAGAAUGUAUCUAUAACCAGCCCUUAUUACACUACAAUGCAGUUUCAUAGAUGACAUGAAUUAUGCCAAACUACCAAUCGCCAUGCAUCAUUCAAUUUUCAUCUAUUCUUUCUGAUAUCAGGGAAUUCCUCCUGAAUUUCUACAAGGCAAUAGGGGUUGAAUUAAAUGUUACGCCUGCCUCUGCGGAAGUUGCUUUAUGCAAUAACCUAAAGUUCUUGGCACAUGCAACUCAUUUGAUACCAGAACAUGAACUUUGUUGUCCUGAUGCUACCCUCAAUAAACAUGGAGCAAGAAAAUUGCAAAUUUGGUUCCCCAUGCCAAAGCUUCCCAUGCCAAAUUGUGUACUAAGUGUUGUCAUCAAACCAUAGAUGUAUUAAUGUAAACAUCUAAAGUUAUUUGACUGCUAUGUAAAGGAAAUAUGCCAUGGCUGUCAUAAUAAUCUGUCUAAUUUAGCAGAGUUAGAAAUGCUCAUUUUAGCCGACGUGGAUUUGUUCAGGGUUUAAUCAGGCUUUUCUGUAAAGAGGUUAACCUGCUAUUGACCUCUAUAAUGUGACCCUCAGAAUGAUUCUAAAUUGCAUCACAACUGCAAAAACCUCAUUUUGGGAGAAAUAAUUUGCAUUUAACAAUGUGAUGGAGAUGAUGGAAAAGUCUAAAUGGAAUAGCAUUCCAGAAAAGUCUUCCGAGGACAUGUAGCUGUAUUAAUGAGUUAUUUAAAAAGUUAACUAUGUUUAACUCCAUGUUAAUGUUUAACUUUUUUUUUUUCCACGUUUUUAAGCUUUUAUUUUUAUGUCGACCUCAUGCAGGUGCUGUUCAGGUGGAACACCAGAUGUUCCUUUUUUUAAAUUCCUUUUUUUAAAGUGUGAGGGAAGUUUUAUCUGGAGCUAAAUUAAUGCCCAGUGAGUUCUUUUAAUGUUAUUUUGUAAUUCGAAAAGUGUUGGCAACAAUCUGUUUGGAAACCAGUAUGGAUGUUAGGAAAUUGACAAAUUAUAUUAGUGAUGGGUUCUCAAGACACUGUAGCCAAUGCCAAAAAGUCAUGAGAAUAAGUGACAACGUGCGUGUUCUCAUCACAAGGAGUACAACUACUAAACUCAUGACUGUCCAUGUAGUGUUACCACCACUGCAGUUUGGUAAUCUUGGAAGAUAUGGCUCCCUUAGUGUCAAAAGGCCCAUUAUGCUGAUUCAUGGGACACUGAUUGUGAUCUUUCUGAAACCUUUCUACCAAUGUAUGUUUCUGGGGUUUUAUGUCUUAUAGUAAGACUUACUUGAAUUUGUGUAUGCAGCUGUUCUUUGUUUGGGGAAACUAACUUGCUAUCAAAAAUCGGAGAAAAAGCAUUAACCUGCGUAAGGCAUUUUUGGGGGGGGGUUUAUGAAAAUGCCUUUUCAAUUGAGUUUCUGCCUGCCUUUAUUUUUUUUUCUCUCAGACAAGUGUCUCCCUAUUUUGUUAGGGUUGUGAUUCUCCAAAAUGCACAGAUGUAGUACUUACAUCUACGGCGUGUUCUUAGUCAUAACCAUUUCUACUUUCGCACAAUGCAGUAGUUUUGACCUUUCUAAAUGAUCUUGCAACAAUGUGUAAAAUGUGACCUUCAACUGGACAGUCAUAAUCCACUCCCCCACUAUUUGAAUGGUGCUCACAGGGAACGCAUUUUAAGAUUUUAACAACAUUGGAACAUAUGUAUAAAUAUUUCAGUCCAAGGGAGGUAACGUAAAUGUUUAUCUACGUGGUUCUCUACUCAAGCCUUCGGAGUUGUUGCCCCUUGUUUUUAACUCUUUUGUCCCAGCCCAAAAUAUUAACAGGAUUUUUAUUUUAUUUUAUACAAAUCAUACUUCUGAGACAUUGAAUUGAAAUAAGCACUUUACUGUAACAUGGGACUGAUUUGCAGUUCACGCAAAGAAACAUGACUUGCAGAAUUUUUUUAUUGUUUUUUUUUCUAAAUACAAUAAAUUGCUUUGAACAAGUA